UGCGGGGGCCGGGGGCGCGCGGCGAUCUGCGGACGGCUGGGCCCGCUCAGCGCCUCGGUGCCCGGUCGCCGCCUCUGCACCGUCCCGUGGGCCGGGCAUGGGCGCCGGCGCCGGCGGCGGCACGAUGAGCAGCACCCUGGGCAGCCCGGUCCGCGCCUACGACUUCCUGCUCAAGUUCUUGCUGGUGGGCGACAGCGACGUGGGCAAAGGCGAGAUCCUGGCGAGCCUGCAGGAUGGCGCGGCCGAGUCCCCGUACGGCCACCCGGCGGGCAUCGACUACAAGACCACCACCAUCCUGCUGGACGGGCGUCGGGUGAAGCUGCAACUCUGGGAUACAUCCGGGCAGGGAAGAUUUUGUACCAUAUUCCGCUCCUACUCGCGGGGCGCACAGGGUGUGAUCCUGGUCUAUGACAUCGCAAACCGCUGGUCCUUUGAUGGCAUCGACCGGUGGAUUAAGGAGAUAGAUGAGCAUGCCCCUGGUGUCCCUAAAAUCCUGGUGGGAAACCGCCUGCAUCUGGCCUUCAAGCGGCAAGUCCCCACGGAGCAGGCCCAGGCCUACGCAGCGCGCCUGGGUGUCACCUUCUUCGAGGUCAGCCCUCUGUGCAACUUCAACAUCACCGAGUCCUUCACGGAGCUGGCCAGGACCGUGCUGCUGCGGCACGGGAUGGACCGACUCUGGAGGCCCAGCAAGGGUGCUCCCUUGGACAUGUCAUUAUACAGCUGGUCACAGGUGUUGCCAAGGUCAGCUGUGCAGUCGGGAAGGAGGUCAUCCCUGAGGCCCUUGGUCUCUCACCCCAACCGUGGGAGCGUGAGUGCCAUCGUCUCCCCUCCAGUGCUGACCCUGCAGGACCUCUGCUGCCGGGCUGUGGUGUCCUGCACACCUGUGCACCUGGUGGACAAGCUCCCGCUGCCGAUGGCCUUGAGGAGUCACCUCAAAUCCUUCUCGAUGGCCAGUGGCCUCAAUGCCAGGAUGAUGCACGGCCGCUCCUACUCUCUCACCACCAGCUCCACCCACAAGAGGAGCAGCCUCCGAAAAGUGAAGACCACCCGCCCCCCCCAGAGCCCGCCCAAGCGCUGCCCCCGGAACAGCUGUAAAGUCUCCUGAGGGAGGCACCAGGACACAGACACUGGCCCCUCUGCGAGAGGCUCUGAGCCGUCACUUGUGGGACGCGGGAGCCCGUUCCAGCCCCGGGAAAGCGCCUGCCGGUCUCUCGUGGUGAUCGUGCCGCCCCGCGCAUUGAAAACACCCCGCACAGCUCGACGUUGGUGUUUCUACGUGGAUGUGCAUGAAGCUCUUGCUUUAGAUGUGUGUUUAUAAAGGGGGUCAGCACUGUGCUCAGCUCCUGAUAAUGUGAGAUUUCAGACGUCACUUACGUCGUGGCUGCAGCACGGCCUUUGCUUUAUAGGACUGCUUUUAUAAGAACGGUGACGUGUGUCGUGAGUGCAAAUUCCAGGGACUCUGGAAAGCAACAGGGGAGAGAAAUUAGUCUUUGACCUCACAAGAGGGCCUUUUUGUAAGUCUCCUCGUCACAUCGGAGCGCGAGUUUAUGACGUGCUGUGGAGGAUCAGAGUUGGCACGGCCACUCUGUCCGCCUCGGGUCUGACAUGGAUUUGAUAAAGUUUUUGCUAUGUUAUUUACCAUGUUUGGGGAUUAAUAAGUGAUUUAUAUGCAUAUUUUUCUGUAAAUCUACAUUUUUUUGUACAAGAUGUUCCACAAGUUACAAGGCUAAGGGAAGAAAAUGCCAAAGAUAUCUCCAGUUGUGCCAAACGGCCACAACAUAGUUACAACAGAUCCAGAUCGGCAAGGAAGAUACCGUCCAGAGCCGUGUCGGUAAGGAAUGAAGUGGCCACCAUUAUUUAAGCAAGUGUUUCCUGACAAUAAAAUGUACACUUGUUUCUUGGUA